GACGAUCUCAACUAAUCAUGUCAGAACCCUAAACACCGACGUUGAUGGAUCCACAAGAGUUUCGAGCUCAAGCGCACAAGAUGGUCGAUUUCAUCGCGGACUACUAUCGGGAUGUGGAGAGCCUUCCUGUGCGCAGCCAAGUUACACCGGGAUACUUGCGGAGUUCUCUUCCAUCCAAUGCACCCGAGGAGCCUCAAAGCUUUGACACUGUUCUGGACGAUGUGAAGUCAAUGAUAGUCCCUGGCGUCACGCAUUGGCAGAAUCCAAACUUUUUUGGUUUCUUCCCAUCCAACAGUAGCACGGCGGGGAUGCUGGGUGAGUUUCUCAGCGGCGGAUUCAACGUAGAUGGAAGCGAGUGGGCGACUUCUCCUGCGGCAACCGAGCUGGAAAUGCUCGUCCUAAACUGGCUGGGGAAGCUUCUUAAUCUUCCAGACGAGUUUCUCUUCAAUCGAAGCGGCAAUGGUGGUGGAGUGAUCCAUGCUAGUGCUAGUGAGGCUGUUCUAGUAGCCUUGCUAGCCGCUCGAGGUCGAGCUAUUUCAGAGAACAAAGCCAAAGGUCUGGAAGAACAAGAAAUUCUCUCCAAACUUUUGGUCUAUACAUCGGAUCAAACACAUCCUUGUCUACACAAGGCAUGCGUGAUUGUUGGGCUCCCCAAAAGCAACCUUGUGAUUCUGCCGACACUUGCGACAGAUGAUUGUGCUCUUUCACUUUCUAUAUUAAAAUCAGCUGUUCAAGACAGUCUUGCGAAAGGCUUCAUACCAUUUUUCCUUGGAGCAACAGUUGGGACUACUUCUUCUUCCGCAAUUGAUCCAUUACCAGCACUGGCUGAUAUUGCCAAGGAAUAUGGGAUGUGGUUCCAUGUUGAUGCAGCUUAUGCUGGUAAUGCCUGCAUUUGUCCAGAAUUUCGACAUUUUUUAAAUGGUGUUGAAAAUGCCCACUCUUUUAAUUUAAGUGCAAAUAAAUGGCUUCUUACCAAUAUUGACUGUUCCAUACUUUGGCUGAAGGACUCGAAGCAGCUAUCUUCAACACUUUCAACAUUAACAAACAAACAGCUAAAAACUAGUUCAAUUCAGUCUCGGGUGGUAAAUUUCAAAGAUUGGCAAGUUGCUCAAGGAAGACGAUUUAGAUCUUUAAAGCUGUGGUUUGUGAUGCGCUUGUAUGGAGCCUCGGGACUUCGUAGCCACAUAAGAACUCACAUAAACCAUGCUAAGCAUUUCGAGGUCCUUGUGCGAGAGGACUCUCGCUUUGAGAUCUUAGCACCAUGUCGAUUUGGUCUCGUUUGCUUCAGGCUCAAACCAAGAGUAAAACAUGAAGAUAACGGAUGGAAACUGAACUGUUUGCUUCUGGAAGCUGUUAACUCUGGGGGAAAGAUUUUCAUGACACACACUGUACUCUCGGGCGUGUAUACAUUGAGGAUGUCAAUUGGUGGCACGCAGACUAAACGUGAAAAUGUUGAUGGUGCGUGGAAGAUAAUCCAGGAGGAAGCACAAAACUUGUUAGAUCAAGAUUAAUAAGACCAGGUUAUAAAAUAUCAUUGUGCAUUUAAGAAUAAUAAUUAAAUAAGAAAAACCCUAGCUUUUAAAA